AUGAUCGCGCUUAGUGAGUGUGUGAGCGCCGAUGAGCUGACGUGUGCCAACAUUGACAUUGUCUUGAGAUUUCUCAAGGCCGAUAGUUUUCAAGCCGUUUUUACGUUGCAAAAACAAAUCUAUGCCGCAGCCUUCUGGACGAUUCGGAAUUUGCGCACUUUGUAUCGAAUCUUGAUUUGA